AUGGACAGACGUACACCUUAUACACUGAGCGUUCUUGCUCCCAGCACUGACGGUGCCGACGAAUCUCGCACACAAAUCCAGGCCAGACUGCGGGAGUUCAUUUUGGAGUUCCAGCUGGAUAAUGCUUUUAUCUACCGAGAUCAAUUACGCCAAAAUGUUCUCAUCAAGCAGUACUACUGCGACGUCGACAUUGCCCACCUGAUUUCAUACAACGAAGAAUUGGCCCACAAGCUCACGACCGAACCUGCGGAUAUCAUCCCCCUCUUCGAAAGUGCUCUGCAACAAUGCACACAACGAAUCGUCUACCCCUCGCAGCGUGAUGUUGUGCUCCCAUCCCACCAACUACUCCUCCAUUCCUCCGCCACCCACAUCUCCAUUCGUGACUUGAACGCAACAAAUAUCUCCCACCUUGUCCGCAUUCCAGGUAUCGUAAUUGGCGCCUCAACGGUGUCCUCCAAAGCCACAACAGUCCAUAUUCGUUGCAAAUCUUGCGACCAUGCCGACAACAUCCGGGUCGACGGUGGAUUCUCUGGUCUCACUCUUCCCAGGCGGUGCGGCCGCAAGCGGGACCCCGGUGACCAUGAGCCUGGCGAUCAAUGUCCACUUGACCCUUACGUUGUUGCUCACGAAAAGUCUCAAUUCGUUGACCAGCAAGUGCUUAAACUCCAAGAGGCGCCCGAUCAGGUUCCAGUUGGUGAAUUGCCACGACACGUUUCUAUCUCUGCCGACCGAUACCUCGCCAACAGAGUCGUCCCCGGCUCCCGCUGUACAGUGAUGGGUAUUUUCUCUAUCUAUCAAAAAGGAGGAAAGAAGGAUGGUGGUGCGGUGGCCAUUCGUACUCCCUAUCUGAGGGCAGUCGGUAUCGCGACAGACCUCGAUCAUACUGCCAAGGGUAGCUACCUAUUCUCAGAAGAGGAGGAGCAAGAAUUUCUUCAACUCAGCCGCCGUCCCGAUUUAUAUGACGCUCUUGCGCGGAGCAUUGCUCCUUCAAUUUACGGAAACUUGGAUAUCAAGAAAUCUAUCGUUUGUUUGCUUAUGGGAGGCUCGAAAAAGAUUCUUCCUGAUGGCAUGAAACUUCGUGGAGAUAUCAACGUCCUUCUUCUGGGUGACCCCGGUACGGCCAAAUCUCAAUUGCUCAAGUUCACGGAAAAGGUCUCGCCCAUUGCCAUCUACACCUCCGGUAAGGGUUCGUCCGCCGCCGGUCUAACGGCUUCUGUACAAAGAGAUCCGGCUACGCGCGAGUUCUACCUCGAAGGUGGUGCAAUGGUUCUUGCUGACGGAGGUGUGGUGUGUAUCGAUGAGUUCGAUAAAAUGAGAGACGAAGACCGAGUUGCCAUUCACGAAGCCAUGGAACAGCAAACGAUAUCUAUCGCCAAGGCCGGUAUCACCACCAUCCUCAAUUCAAGAACAUCCGUACUGGCCGCUGCAAACCCUGUAUUCGGGCGAUACGAUGAUCUUAAGACCCCCGGUGAAAACAUCGAUUUCCAAACUACCAUUCUCUCCCGUUUUGAUAUGAUAUUCGUCGUCCGCGACGACCACGACCGCACCCGCGAUGAGAACAUCGCACGUCACGUCAUGGGAGUACACAUGGGUGGCAGAGGCGUUGAAGAACAAGUCGAAGCCGAGAUCCCGCUUGAGAAGAUGAAGCGAUACAUCAGCUACUGUCGCAGCCGCUGUGCGCCCCGUCUCUCACCCGAGGCAGCAGAGAAGCUCUCAUCCCAUUUCGUCUCGAUCCGUAAGCAGGUCCACCGUGCUGAGCUUGACGCCAACGCGCGAUCCUCAAUCCCCAUCACAGUCCGUCAGCUAGAGGCCAUUGUCCGUAUCACCGAGUCACUUGCCAAGUUGGCCCUCCAGCCCAUCGCAACCGAGGCUCACGUCGAUGAAGCCAUUCGCAUCUUCCUCGCGUCGACAAUGGACGCCAUCACCCAGGGCGAGGGCCAAGGCAGCAAAGAGAUGAUGGAGGAAGUCUCGAAGAUCGAAGACGAAUUGAAGCGCCGACUCCCUAUUGGAUGGAGCACGAGUCUUGCAACACUGCGACGCGAGUUUGUCGAUGGACGAGGCUACACGGAACAAGCGCUCAACAGAGCGGUUAUUGUUCUGCAACGGAGGAGCACUCUCCAAAUUCGCUCUGGAGGAUCACAAGUAUACCGACAGGGUGUAUAG